AGUUACCGAUGCAGGAAGGUGUGUGUUUGUGCUUCACUCAAAACUCUCAGGAGAAAACUUAACGGUUAGGCUGUUAUUUUCUUCUUCUACGGCGUCCUUUAAAAACAAGUGUUUUAGUUUCCUGUUUGUAUCUUAAUUGGAUGCGAGUGUUGAUGUAAAGGGCAGCCCCGGUGUGACCCAGACAUGGCUGAGGCUCCCCCACCGCAGGUACAGCCUGUCGACAUCGACCCGGACUUUGAGCCGCUGUCCCGGCCGCGGUCCUGCACCUGGCCGCUGCCCCGGCCGGAGCUGGUGGACCCCGCCGGGUCCAACACAUCCUCCCCGGCGCCGUCGGUGCAGCAGGACUCGGGAGGAAACGCGGAUUUCAUCUGCAACCUGGGCUUGUUGGAGGAGAACUAUGAAGAAUACACGGAGGAGAAACCUCAUCGCAGCGCCUUCCAUCAACCCCACCACCAUCAUCAUCAUCACCUGCAGCAGCAGCUGCCAGGUCCGCAGCUGCUGCCGCAGCAACAGGUGUCUCCCCCUGCGGUCCCUCCAUUAGGGGCCUCCGGCCAGAGGAAAAUCAGCUCCUCUCGUCGUAACGCCUGGGGUAACAUGUCUUACGCUGACCUCAUCACCAAAGCCAUCGACAGCUCACCUGAGAAGAGGCUGACCCUGUCCCAGAUCUACGACUGGAUGGUCAAGAGUGUGCCCUACUUCAAUGAUAAGGGAGACAGCAACAGCUCUGCGGGCUGGAAGAACUCCAUCAGGCACAACCUGUCCCUGCACAGCCGCUUCGUACGCAUACAGAACGAGGGGACGGGGAAAAGCUCCUGGUGGAUGCUUAACCCUGAGGGAGGAAAGAACGGGAAGUCGCCUCGACGGAGAGCCGUCUCCAUGGACAACAACAAUAAGUUUGCCAAGAGCAGAGGAAGAGCCACAAAGAAGAAGGUGACCUUACAGGAGGCUGCAGAAGGGGAAGGAAGCAGCCCUGGCCCCCAGUAUUCUAACUGGCUGGGAAGCCCAAACUCCCACAACAGCGAGGAUUUCGAAGCUUGGAGCUCCUUCAGAACGCGCACCGGCUCCAACGCCAGCACUCUGAGCGGACGCCGUUCACCGUUCCCAUCUGAGACGGACGACCUGGCGGAGCCCGAGGGACACAUGUUGUUCCCCGCAGCGUCGGCGACCAAGUUGGCCUCCACCCUUCCCAGCCUGUCAGAGGUGUCCGGAUCUUUGGGCCACCACGGCUCAGAGCGGGUCAUGGAGAGUUUGCUGGAUAACCUCCACCUGCUGUCUCCCAAAGCCCCCCUGCUAGGCUCAGACUCUCCACAUCCCUCAAACGCAAGCAGGCUCCAGAGCAGCUCGUACGGCGCCUCUAGCCUGGGCCAGGACUACAGUAAGUCCAUGUACGGCCAGUCGAGGCUGAGCUCGCUCUCCCCGGUUCCAAUGCAGACACUUCCAGAGAACAAGCUCGGCGUUUACGAGAACCAGUACAUCUGUCCAGCCGGGCUCCUUAAAGAGCUGCUGACGGCUGAUGCAGGGACCAAUAGGGACACUGUGCCUUCCAGUGAUACAAGGGCGUCCAACACUGGAGGCGCAACUGGUCUCAUGUCUGCCUACAGCAGCCGCAACCGCAUAGAGGGUCAUCCUGGUGUUAAAAUAACCCCCCCGCAUCAGAAGCACACAGGUCUACAUGUAAACUUGCAGCCUGUACAUAGCCAUGCUGCUGCUCCCGCAAGAGACUUGAACAGCUGUAACAUGAUACCACUAACUAGUCUCUCGGGGGUCCCUCAGCACCUGACCAGCAUGAGGACAUGUAUGCAGCCUCGGCAGGGAUGUCCGCCUCACAGCAAUGACUUUUCAGCUGCCUAUGGCAGCAGCUACAGGGAACUGAGCUCAGUUCACCAUCACGUCCAUCAUCAGGAGCGGCUGCCCAGCGACUUGGACAACAUGCCCAUCGAGAGGCUGGAAUGCGACCUGGAGUCGGUGCUCCACGACACCCUGAUGGACGGCGGCGGGCUGGACUUUAACUUUGACCCGGCAGCAGGACCUCACGGGUUUCCCCAGAGGGUGAAGAACAGCACGCACAGCUGGGUGUCGAGUUAGGAGGCAGAGUUAGCUCCAUCUUGGUUGGUGUUACGCAGGAGAAAUGUGUAAAUACUGAAAUAAUCGUUCCACCUGUAGGAUUAUUCUUAUAAGUAGGUCUAUACAAUGGAAAAUGUUAUCAUAUUUAAAACAAACUGACGUAGAGAUUGAAGCAGUUAUUAGAUAAGAUGAAGGACAGUUAGAAGGAUGUUCCUGCAUUGGCCAAGAAGUGAGACUUACCUACAGAUUUUAUCUCAACAGGUUUAGGUAUUAUUUUUUUUUGUUGCAAAAAACCUAAAGAUAACUUCUUACCUUUUCUCCGCAAACUAAAGGAUUUGUUCUAAAUCUGAGCAACAAUUCAGGGCCCAUACAAAAGUUCAAAGUUUUAUCAAAAGGACUUCUAUCAUCUUGAAUUAAGUCUUUACUGGCUGUGGUUGGUAAAUUAUGUUAUUUCCAAAAAGGUGAAGCAUCUGAAUGUGUUUUCGACCUUUAGCCUAGUCAUAAGCAUACAUUUGGGGAAUUCACCAACAUAUUAAAAUGAAGGGGAAACGGAGUUAAACUGGGUUUGUCCAUAUCUUGGUCAAACUGGGGAGGAUUGAUGGUGUUCAGGUCAGGGUCGUUAGCUUUACACUGUGUCUAGGCAUCAUUCUGCCCAGGGAAGAUGUGAACGUGAAAUGUUUGGGAGCCCAGCAGGUUCUGCUGGUUCAUGUUCUAUUGCUUCUGCCAUCAAACACUUUAGCAUAUUUCCACAAAUGCUCGUAUUUAAAUGUAAGUAAAACUUAAGGGACAGAUCUAUUCAAUCUAUUUCUAUCUACAAAAACUCUUUAAGUUAUAGUCAAAUCUGCCCAGAGCUUCCUGUCAGAACAUCAAAGAAAAAGAAAACAGAAGUUCUAACAAACAAACGGCUUCCUAGAGAGAGCCUUUUUAUUUAGAUAUUCUAUAACUGAUCGUUUUUAGGGUCUGGGAGGGGCUGAAACAAUCAAUCGGAUUAAUUAAGUAUAUAGACUCUAGCUGACAGUGCAACCCCCUCACCCUGUGAAAAACCCUAUUUUUGCAGGGUGAUGACCAGCUAUGUUUUGUUUGUGGUUGUUCAAUCUCACACACACAGCCGCUACUCCAACCUUAAUGCAAAGUAUUAACAAAUCGCUUCAAAAAUGUCCUAUUUUCUAAUGAAUGACACAAACAGCCAAUCAGAAGAACAUUUUACUUUCCGUAUGAAGCUAUUUAUUUUUUUAUUUUUCUCAUUAUGAUGGGAGAUUCCUCCUUUGUACUGUAUUGAUGUGUAACUAUCUGUAUAUAAAGCAUAAAUUGUUGUAAAGUGGCUGUUGAGGACUUCACAAAAACAGAAGGAAUACCACCUUGCAUGUAAUAAGUGUUUUUUUAAGUUGAUUAGGCAACUUUUUUUUUAUGUUCUUGCCUUUAUGCUUUAAAUAAGUGUUGUUGUCUUGUAAAUAAAGCUUAUCUAAAUAGGAGUCCUUAGAUAAACUGUGGAUUUAACAGAAAAGUUGUUUGAGCACAGAUCUGUGUAUUUCCAACAAUUGGACGACUUUUUAAAGAAGAGAGAUUUCAAAAAGGUGAUGGGAUGAAUUUAUUCAUCAAAAUCGAUAAAGAUCAACAUAAAAAACGGAGCAGUGUUGAUUCAGUGUCGCACCAAAUACUCGCUGCAGUAAACCGUAAGAUGAGUGCCUCUCCUCUGUGCCUUCGCUGUCUUAUCUCUUGAACUGUUAUUACGUUUGAGUAACAUUUCACAUUCAAAUCUAAGUGAGUCUUUUCUCUCUUAAUACAAGUGAAUCCUUGAUUUUAUCAGGCAAAAUGAAACAAUUGAAGAAAUAUAAAAAAAAACAUUAUUAGGAGAAAAUGUCAUAUUAUUAUGUAAUUAUUCUACUUUAAGAGCAGAAAUUCUCAUUCUGUUGGCUGGUCAUCUUAAUCUGCUCAAAUUAAGGGUAUAUACAAUUAUCUUAAGAUAUUUUUACUUAUUUUUGGAUCAGUUUUUGCACUGUUUGUCUCACUGAACUGGAAUAUGGCUAAAAUUGUCUCAUUCCUGGAUGUUUACGUAUUUCAGUCCGAACCGUAGUAAUGCAGUUACGAACCGUCGUACCUCGACAUGUUUUACCUCUGAAGUAUUGAAGAGAUUUUACAGCGAUUUUUCCUCAAGCAGUCAGAUUCUGACUUUGCACUUAUCUUUUACCUAUUUUAUCGCAUAAUUACAGGGUUUUCUAUUCUGUAUUUUAAUUCUGAGAUGUAAAUCGUGUUUUAAUAAGAGCAAGGCUUCAUAGAAGUAUUUAUUCUGUUUAGAGGAUUAUAGCCAUCAGCUUUCAAUAAAUAUUGCAUGAUAUAUUAACUUAAAAUGAAAUAAUAAUCAGUAAGAAUGAUCUUUAACCUGCAGUAAAUGACUCAACAAAACUUUGCACAAGAUUUGGUUAGAGCUGUUGCAAACAUCAAGAUAAAGGUUUUGUAAAUGAAUUCAAGAUGUAAUCUUUACUACUUUACUUGGAGGCAGUCAAUGUAAACAUUUUAUCACCAGUAUCUAUGUUCAGAUAUUUUUGAAAGGCUUGUUUAUACCAUUCAAUAAUCAAA